UGGAUUGUUUUGCAAGACCUGGCUGGGUUGUGGUUUUACUUUGUGUGUUUCUUGCCAAGAUGUAACCAAAACUCAGGCAGCAUGCCGCUUCUCCAAACGCCCCAUCAGGAUGGACGGAAGCAAUCUACAACUAACGUUAUCUUUCUGAAGACCGAUGGAAGUUGACAACUACUUGGAAAACCAACUGCAUUUAUGCCCGAAGGAUUUUGUAAGACCAAUGAGUUUAGUCAUGGAUGAUCACGGAUCACAGUCCCAUCCACGGAGCUCUGCUGUGAGGGUGUCGACCAAAAGCAAAGCCCCAUCUCCGCCAGGAUUAAAGAAGCUGGAUUCCCCAGGUUUCUCUCAGUGGUACCCAGGAAUCCCUCAUUUAACCAUGGAUCAGAAGGAGAAUCUCAUUGAUAAAGACCUCUCUCUGGUUGUGGUUCUGCCCGAUGGAGUGGAAAAAAUGACCACGGUUCAUGGCAGCAAACCCCUAAUGGAUUUAUUAGUGAUGCUUUGUGCAAAGUAUCACCUGAACCCAUCCAGUUACACCUUAGAACUGGUCACCGCCAACAGGAACAACAUCAAGCUCAAACCCAAUGCUCUCAUAGGAACUUUGGAUGCAGAAAAGAUCAUACUUAAACCUAAAGGGGAGGAGAAAAGUAAGAAGACAGUUCCUCAAAUGCCUGAGGCAACUGUUCGGAUGGUGAUAAACUACAAAAAGACCCAGAAAACUAUAUUAAGAGUCAAUCCUCGAGUUCCCCUGGCUGAAAUCUUGCCAGCAAUUUGUGAGAAAUGUGAAUUUGACAAAGAGACUACAGUUCUAUUGAGAGAUGUGCAAUCACUGGCCCCUUUGGACUUGUCCAGUUCUCUUAAUGAUUAUGCAAUAAGGGAAGUUUAUGCAAGAGACACAAAAGGACAAUCUGCUUCUCCUGUGUGUCCAGCCUCACCAUCUCAUUCAGGAGCAGUUACGCCAGGCAAAGAUAAAGAUCAGAAAGAAAAAGAAAACAAAGGCCUCUUCAGCGUGUUUAGAAAAAGCAAGAAAAAAUCUGACCAGGCAACGACAGCCAGCGCCCCAGCUUCUCCGGUGCUUGUGAGCAAGCCUCGACCGCUCAGCAUGGCCUUGCCUAGCUCAAACUCGUCUCCGCUCACAUCCUCCACAAGCCCCACUGAUGUGCCUAAGAAGAGACGUGCACCUCAGCCCCCAAUCCUUGUGUCUCAGAGCUGCCCCUCGGAGUUCAGCACUCGCCAGAGACUCAACUCUGAACCUAAUGCCCAACUGGACAGUGACCAGAUGGCUGGUUUAAGUCGGGGGUCCUCAGCAGAGUCUUCACUGAAGAGAACCAAACGCAAGGCUCCUCCACCCCCUACAUCCCCUAGUGUUGUUGUCCAAGAAACAGAACCUCUAGAUGAAAAUUUGCAAGGCAGUGCAGCUGCUAACACACUGGAGGAGAUCAUGGAACAAGAGGAGACAACUGCAUCUAUAAUGUCUGCAACUGCUAGCGAUGCCCAGGAAGAGGACGGCAGGCUCAGCUUGUCAGCUGAUGUUUCAUUGCAUUCCCCGUCCCCAGAUCCUGAGAUACUCAGCACAAUUUCCAUGGAAGACAGUGGGGAAGAUCAGUCCCGUGAUCUAUCCUCAGAUGGCAAUCAGCUGCAGAGCACAGUGAAUGAUUCUGCAACUCUGAGUGAUAUGAGGACAACUGCUGGCAUGGACUCAUCUGAACUGGCAGAUACUAAUAGUGAUCCAUGUCAAGUUGAAAACGUGAGCCAACAGCCCAUCUGUGAAGAGUCUACAACUGAAAGUGUCGAAGGUGAUUGCACUACUGUACCCAGUGGCCUCCCUCUCUCACUGCCCCAGCCUGUAAUGCUGGAUGCAGAAGCACAGGCCUCUGCUCAGGCAAACACUGAAACCCUCGGGGAGCAGACUGACAGGUUGGAGAGCCCAGUGGCCACCAGCACAUCAUGCCCCACUGGAGAGGAUGCUCAGGUGCAAACAGAUGUCACACCACUCCCUGUGCCGCCAGAACAAAACGUGGACCAAGUUCCUUCCUCAGAUAAUGUGCCUGGCUUAGAAUCAGCAGGGAAAAGAGAUAUGGCCACUUUGACUGAGGAACUGGACCCUGCUGACCUCAAACAAGCCUUACUCCACACCUCAGAGACCUCACCAUGCCAAGACUCAGCACCAUGUACCCCUCCCACAACAAAGGCACCAACUAUUUAUGCCACAGACUCUGAGCCAAAGCCCAAGCCUUCCAACGAGUUGACAAGGGACUACAUCCCCAAAGUGGGGAUGACAACGUAUACUAUCGUGCCCCAGAAAACUCUGGAGAAACUGAGAUAUUUUGAAGUUGCACUGACACUGGAGACGCCUCCAGAAGAGGGACUUAACAUUGGUUCUCUUCAGUUGGAGGAGUGCACAGCACCCAGGGAACAGACAGAGGUCUCAAAGGAAAAAAGUGAGCUGCACUCUAAAAUACCCAGGGAAGAGUUACUGACUAGCACUACUACUACCCAAGGCACUGCUAAUGGAAGUAUACCUGAAUCCAAUCAUUCCUCAUCACCAGUAAGUUUACCUAAAGCAGAUGACAAGAUCUCAUCCCCGACUAAUGAGGCAUCUAAAGCAGACUCACCAGCAGAGGUCAAGGAGAUGAAAAUUCCACCCGCAACUAAACCCAAGCCUGGUUCUUUCCGCUUGGCAAAGCACAAAAAAGCACCUGGGCAUUAUGUAACUUCAGCAGCAGAGAAGAGUCUCAGUGCCAGUCCUGGCUCUGGCCAGAUGGAGGCUCAAGGAAGUGCAGAGAGAGCAAAGUUACCACCCCCUCCCCUUCCACCUCCUGUGCAGUGGCAAGAUGAGACAACAGAGGCCACUAAUGUUGAGCUGAGCCAUAAGGAGGAUGACAAGAAUGUAGCUGUCAUGCGAUUUACUAGGCAAAGCAGUUUGCCAUCUAAAGAGCCAAGCUUAGGGUUAAGUUUGGAGAAAUUAAGGAGCUUUGCGGCCCCUAGACCUUAUUCUCCCGCGACCCCAUCCCGCUUCGCCCAGGCAGUGUCCUCUGCUGUGAAAAGAAGCCAAUCCUUAUCCCAUAGGCCAAAGUUGCCUCAGUCGCCUGUGUCACCACCCUUCUCUCCAAUUACAAGUCGGUCACCGGUCAUAGAGUCAAAAGGAUUAUUUAGGUUUAAGGAAGAUGAAAACAGAGAGGCGGAUAGUGACAAAGGCUCCACUCUGCAGGGAGUAGAGGGUGAACCACCGGCCUGUAGUGGGGUUGUUCAAAUGGAAGGAGAGAGCAAUCCAUAGAAGUGCCUUAAUUCUUCUGACAAUAUAUCAUCUACUGAGGAGCUUAUCCUGUCUACUUUGAGUUCUCCAGCAUCCUUCACCCCAUGACACAGGAGAAGAAACUGUCUUUUGUUUUACCUCUUUUGUUUGUCUCCAACAAUGUACAUAAAAUUAUGUAUUUUGAUAAUUAAUAAUUGCUGUAUUUUGUCUUAUUCUCUCACAUCAUUAAGUAAUACCCCUGGCUGACCUGCAUAUUUUAAUGCUUUUCUUUUAUUUUGUGUGGUGACUAUCUUGCAUUUAAUGCAUUACUGUUGUGAGUGAAUAAGAAUGGUAAAUGAGAACAAUUCUAUAAAUUAUUAGACUGAUUUCCUGAGUUGUAAUAUUAUUGGGUUUAUCCAGAAAAUGUCUAAAUAAUACUGUAUGUGUAGGACAGACCAGGUCUCACCUAUGGUACUUAAUGCUUCCUAUAUACAUCAAAUCUAUAUUUAAGUUACAGAGUUUUGAUUAAGCUAUAUGCAGAAAUACACUGACCUGUACAGUACACCUGUUGUCCUUGUUAAGCAGUGUUAUGAAUAAAGCUUUUAU